AAAUGCCCAAAUUCCACUGCUCUUAUCCUCUUCUAUUCCCUGUCACCAACAAUCCAAACAAAUAUAAUAUUUGGAUAUUAUUUGAUCAAAAGUUGACCCAAAAUCAUUAAAAAAAGGGUUUGUUGGGUACAUUUCCUUUUCUUUUUUUAGGAAGCUUCAAAUAUGUCUGCAGGUGGUUGUUGCUGUUGGUGGUGAUAGUUGCUGUUUGAGGUUUAGUUUAAAGGGUUUUGGUGGUGGAGAGAAACAAGUAAGAAGGGUGGAAAGUGACCCACAAACUUCUUGAUUUUUUUGGAUUUAAUGGCCACUUAUAUUUUGGCCCAAAAAAGGCUGCAUUUUUUACUUCUUUCUUUGUGCUCUGUUUUUUGAGUGGAAAAAAGAUUGGAUUUUUAGUGUUGAAAAGUGUGAUUGAAGAUUAAAGAUUAAAAGAACAAUGUUGAGGGUUGCUAAUACUUGCAAUGCUUUGCUUCAAGAACUUCAGCAAAUAUGGAUGGACAUAGGUGAGACAGAAUCAGAGAAAGAUAGAAUGUUAAUAGAAUUGGAGAUAGAAUGUUUAGAAGUGUACAGAAGAAAACUCGACGAGGCUGCAAAUACCAAGGCCCGUCUUCAUCAAUCUGUCGCUGCAAAAGAAGCCGAACUCGCCGCCCUCAUGGCUUCCCUCGGCGACCUUACCAUUCAAUCCCCGAUAAAUGUGGAUAAGAAAGCUUCAUCACUGAAAGGUCAACUCAUGAUGGUCACACCAUUAGUAGAGGACUUAAAAUCAAAGAAAGAGGAACGGAUCAAACAAUUUGCGGACAUCAAGAGUCAAAUCGAAAAGAUAAAUGGUGAAAUAUCGGGAUACAAUCAAAUUACAAGCACAGUUAGUUCUUUAAAUCUUGAAGAACAAGAUUUGUCUAUCAGAAAACUCGGUGAAUACCAGUCUCAUCUCCGAUCUCUCCAAAAGGAAAAGUCUGAGCGUAUCCAGAAAGUUUUGGCGUAUGUGAACGAUGUGCAUUUAAUGUGCAGCAUCCUUGGGUUAGAUUUCGGCAAAACUGUAAGCGCGGUGCAUCCAAGCUUGCACGAUAAAAGCCUUGAACAUGCCACAAAUAUAAGUGAUAACACAUUGGAAGGCCUUGAGAAUACCAUUCUCAAGUUGAAAACAGAGAGAAAAGUCCGGUUUCAGAAGCUAAAAGAUAUUGUAACAUCGCUAUUUGAACUUUGGAAUAUAAUGAACACAACAAGAGAAGAAAAACAGCACUUUUCAAGAGUAGCAUCCAUUAUUCGACUGUCGGAAGCCGAAGUUGUUGAACCAGGAGCUCUUUCGACCGAGGUUGUUCAACAGGCGUCACAAGAGGUCGAGAGGCUCAAUAAACUCAAAACAAGCAGGAUGAAAGAACUUGUUAUGAAGAGGAGGGCAGAACUGGAAGAAUUAUGUUUCAAAACCCAUAUCGAACCUGAUCCGAGCACAACUUUUGAAAAAUCUAAUGCAAUGAUUGAUUCUGGGCUGGUGGACCCUGGUGAACUUUUAGCGAAAAUCGAAGCGCAAAUAAGUGAAGUAUCGAAUGAAGCUUUGGGCCGAAAAGAAAUCAUGGAUCGCAUAGACCGGUGGCUCUCUGCUUGUGAGGAGGAAAUCUGGCUUGAAGAGUACAAUAUGGAUCAAAACCGAUUCAGUGGUGGAAGAAGUGCUCAUAUAAGUUUAAAACGGGCUGAACGAGCUCGAAUUACUAUCAAGAAGAUUCCAUCUAUUGUUGAUAACUUGAUAUGUAGAACGGUCACAUGGGAAGAUGAUAAAAAUAAGUUGUUCCUUUAUGAUGGGGCGCGGUUGGUGACAAUUUUGGAGGAAUAUAAAGUUUCGAGAAUACGAAAAGAAGAGGAAAAGAAGCGAUUAAGGGAUCAAAAGAAGCUCCAAGAUUUGCUACUUACAGAAAAAGAAUCUAUAUAUGGGUCCAAGCCUAGUCCAAGGAGAGUAAGUAGUUUUAGGAAGGCAACAAACGGGACAUUGACUGCGACUCCACGUAGGAACUCAAACGGGAGUCCAACUCCGGAUCUUAUGACCCCGCGUUCUUAUUCAGGGCGUCAAAACGGGUCUUUUAAAGAUUUGAGAAAGUUGUCUACAGGACCAUUGAACUUUGUUUCCAUACCAAAAGAGGAUACAAUAUCAUAUUCUUCGGUAUAUAGUUCAGAGCCCGCAUCUCCUCCUCUGAACUAAAUAUUCCAAACUCGAACGCGUAUGUUUUGUUUUUAUUCACGGUUUGGUUUUUAUCGCCAGAAAACCAACAUAUGUGAUUAGAGCAAAAAAAAAAAAAAAAAAAAAAGCUUGUGAAUACUUGAAGGGUGUGUUAUGUUGUUGUAAAGUAAGUAUAUAAACUUUUUAAGUCAUAAUAGUUUUGAUUCUUACAAGGCAUUUUGGAUAAUUGAUUGGGUUUGAAGGA